AUGAGCUCAAGUGAUGCUGUGGAGCUUGAAUUCACAACCUAUGUGUCCAGAGCCUUUGGGGAGAAGGAGUCACGGAAGGAAAGCCACCAACUCACCAAAAAUGAUAUGGGAGUCAAUGAGCCCACCCUUAUGGCUGAGAACCGAACCUCAGCAGGCCAGCUUUUACUUGAGGCCAUGCAGAACCAUGAUUCUGCACUUGGGGGCAUCUACCACCAUGUCCUACUGGUUGGCCCAGUGUUCAAGAUGGCGGGUACAGCGAAGAAGAUCCCCAGAGCAGCUUUCAGGAAUUCAGCACUGAUGCCGUCCGCACCAGCUGCUUUGCCAUUGUCAAGGCACCGCAAUGCGGAGUCCACCUCCUUCCAGUGGAUUGGGUCAUUAAGGCCUUCAAUCUGGGCCAUGUCUCCCGCCAGCUCUUCCAGCCUUCAUCCAGAUAGGUCUCUGCUACAGCCUUUGGGUCAGAUGCCAACUCCAUGUAAUGUUUCCUCCAGACCCCAAGGACACCCUCAUGGGUCUGUUGUAGACACUGGACUUGUCCAACACUGGUACAGGCCCAGAGGAGCCCCUCCAGCCAUGGAUGUCAACAGACUUCAGCCAAUGGAAGAAAGAUUCCGUAUCGCACUGAACGGGUUUGUGCUGGUGGUGAGUGCGGACGGGAUGAUAUUUUAUGUGUCUCCCACAAUCAUUGACUAUCUGGGAUUUCAUCAGACUGAUGUGAUGCACCAGAGCGUGUUUGACUUCAUCCACAUAGAUGACCGUCAGGAGUUCCAGAGACAGCUUCACUGGGCCAUGAAUCCACCACACCAGCUCUCUGGGCAGGAGCACCUGACCCAGACGGUUAACAAUGAUGACUAUCUGAGCUGUAUGAAGGUUCAGGACCCCAGCUCUCUGCCGCCAGAAUUUUCUCCUUUCUUGAACCGCUGCUUUAUCAGCCGAGUGCGUUGCCUGCUAGACAGCACAUCAGGAUUCCUGACGAUGCAGUUCCAAGGCAAACUGAAGUACGUCCACGGGCAGAACAGGAGGACUCUGUCGGGCACUGCUCUGCCCCCCCAGUUAGGGCUCUUCUGCAUCGCAGUUCCUGUGCUGCUCCCUUCCAUCACCGAAAUGAAACUGAAGAGUGUACUUCUCAGGGCCAACAAACUGGAUCUCAGCUCCAUGACACUCGAUGCAAAGGACAAAGCAGCUGCUGGGUUGUCUGAAGAUGAGCUGAGGACAAGGUCUGGCUGCCACUACCUCCACUUUGCAGACAUGCUGUAUUGUGCUGAGAACCACAUCAGAAUGGUGAAGAGUGGAGAGAAUGGGCUUACAGUCUUCCGAGUGCUCACAAAGGACGGCCAGUGGGUUUGGCUUCAAGCGAAUGGCCGUCUGCUCUGUAGAAACGAGUGGCCGGACUACACCCCUGUGCUACCAGAAGACCUCAAACAGAUAGAGGAAACUGAAGAAAGAGAGAAUACGAGAAAAGUGUUCAGGGAAGAUCGAUUAACCGGCACCGGUGUUGGUCUGCCAUACAGUGACUGCAGUGAAACAUCCCUACCACUAAAACAUCUGUUCAGUCAGCAGCUGGCAAAAGCCACGAACGAAGGGAGGGAAGCAAAGUGCACACCUAUUCAAGGUGAAAGUGCUGCCGGUCAAGAGGAGCCGCUCAAUUUCUGCACCUCAUUUUCCAGGGCUCACAAAGCUUCUAUCACGCACAACUUGUGGGUAUCGGAACACUCCAGGGACUCGUCAAACUCACAGCCCUUGAGAGCCAUGCAGAGGCUCAGUAACGUUCCCAUCAGGAUGCCAAGGACUUUGGGUAACAGGGGAAGGCCGCUCUGUGAGCCUCAGCACAGGGGGAACAGCCAGGCCUCCAAUAUCCCCAACCAGCCUCAGGGCUUUGGCAGCAUUGGGGAGGAGGUGGAGUCUUAUGGUGCCCUGCACCAUAUUGAUUUGGAGAGCUACCCCGGGCAGAGCUGCAAGUCGGAGGGCACACUGGUGCCCUCUGAGCACAGCCAUCAAAGAGGCAGAGAGACGCCCACAACCUAUUGCAAUCCCCAGAUGUUCCCCGGGGUGCACAUCAAAAGCGAGUAUGAUGCUGAGCCAGAGAACAGGCCAGACCUAACCAUCGGAACGCCGGACCGUUUGUGGGCUGACGGUAGAGAAAUGGGGAAGAACACAAUGGCGAGCUACACCUAUCAGCCACCUUUCAAGGUUAAUCCCAACGUUUUGGAACAGGUGCCACCCUCUAAGAAACUGAAGGGCGUCUUCCACCAACAGUACUGUAGGGUGGGCCCGGCAAAGGAUCCCAACACCUGGACCACAAGCAGCAUUUGUAGCCUCAAUAGCCCUUUGAAACCCAAUAAAGACUUGACACACCUUGGUUCCCAGACACACUUUGGUUCCCAGACAGCUGCUCAUUCACAUUGCAUUCACAGCAACCAGCACGUUGACUGUCAAGAAGGGCAGACUUAUCUCCACCACACUUUGGAAGACAAAGGUCUGAGCCAGGAGUCAUGUAGGCUACCAAGGCAGUUCAACAGACAUGAUCUAGUCCACACAGUCAUCAAACGGGAGCCCGCAGCCUCUCCCCCUUGGUGCCCUGAGGAUCCCCACAACAUACAGACGGCAUUCCAGAGAAAUAUGCCCAACUGUUUGCUGAAUUCAUUGACUCACAAAAUCACCCAGAAUGCUUAUUUGUAAUUCAGCUUUUUUUAAGAAAUAGCAAAAGAGCAUUCUUUAUCCAAAGCUACUUACCAAUGAGACUGUUUCUUCAGAAGUAUUCUUGUGUUGUCUUUGUCACAGACCCUGAUGUAUUGCUCAUCAUAGCAUCAUUUAGAUGGAUUGUUUUUUACUCAAAAAAAAUUUAAAUUUGCUUUCUGAUUUUUUUUGCAUAUUAGUGAAUAUUAAUCAUUGAAGCCCGGGGAGAGAGUGGCGAGAAAGGCAUUUCAUUGAAAUGGUUGAAAAGGACUGACUUUCAAUUGGGGCAGAUCAGUUUCCCAUCUGAAAUAUGUACAGUUAGAACUGAAGCCAGUUUAUGCCAAGUCCAGGGUUGUCUGGCGCAAAGGGAGAUUUACUACCUCUUUUUUAUGUUUCUUUCCUUCAGAUUUUCUUUCCUCAAGAAGCAAACUCACAUUGGGGUAGACUCCUACCCCUGAUUCUUUAGUGGCCAUUCUUUGACUAUGAUCCUGGGCAGUGAGUCACACACAUCCACACACAUGCAUUUUACAUCAAGGGAGGCUUCAUACGAAUAUCAGGAAUGGGAGGUCCUCAAUGGACCAUCUCAUCCUUCUCUAGCCUAGGAAAGCUUAUACCAAUUGUAGAAGCCCUAUUUUUGCAUUGAUGGAGAGAAUCAAGAUUCCAUCCCCUUUGGAUGGAUCUGUCACUAAUGUCAACCAAAGGUGUAUAAUGCUCAAUGGAAUAGUUCCUGAGAGAUGACGAUGAACUUGAGACUUUCCUGGUCUUUAUCAUAAGUAUUGUAAGUUACCAUAAGUAACAUAACACAUUUGGCCACUGCCUUAUGUACCAUUCUUUAUAUUCUUACAGUUGUUCUUAUGCCUUUUCUCUUUGUUCCUAAGUGAUGCCCCUGUUGAUCUGCAUGACUGAGAGAUAGCAACUUACAGGUGUGUGUCCUGCCUUCUGUUAGCUUCCAGUAUCCCACUGGUGUUCCACACCCCUGCUACCUUGUGCGGCUUAGAGUUUUUCAGUACAGCAGACUCCCUUCCCCCCACUUCACCCCACUUCAUCCCAUCCGGAGGUGGUCCUUCAGCCCAAAUAGCAGCUAUUUUCCACAAGUGGAAAGAAUAAGACGAAGUAUCUUCACACCAAAUAAAAGAGGUCGGGGGUCAGUGUGUAUAGUGCCCCGCUGUUGAUACAAUACUUGUGCAUACUCCCCCAUUUACUACUUGCCGACCUAAUCAUCCACACAGGGGUACACAGUUGACGCAUGGUGAUGUUGACACUGAAAAUUUUUAUUUUUGAUACAAUCACUGGGAUGAUAAUUCUAAUUCACUCCAAAAUUCCACCUCUUCUCAUGAAGGGUUGGCUCAUGCGAAGGUAAACUUCCGCAGUAGCUAGCCAUCUCUUGGUACCUUAGCCAAGUGAUCAUUCCUCAUGUAUCAGCUUUGAGAAUGAGUGCUACCUGGUUAUUUAAUCAUUGUGCCUUCGUAGCCAAGUUUGGUUCUGUCCUCACCUGAUGUCUCCGCAUGUCCACUUUUCAGCGGGGAUUUGGACGGCCAUCAGGGGCAGGAUUCAGACUGGUUAUUCACUCCUUAGAGCAAAGACACCAGUGCUUAGUAUAACUCCUCACUGUUGUCCCAAUUGAGAUGAACUCUUCAGCAAAGACCAAGCUAUGAAACCUCUGUAAGGCAGUUUCACACAAGGCAGUGGCUUUGCCAACUGAGGUUGAGAGGAGCUGAUUAACACAACUCAUUCUUCCCAGCUUCCCAAGACUUCCUCCGUCUUCCAUUCCUUAUAUAAUCCAUAGAUACCUAAACCCCAAAGCUUUGUAUCACCUGAACACUACUUAUUAUAAUAAUAAUAAUAAUAAUAAUAAGAAGAAGAUUUGUCAGCUAGUGUUUCUAAACUUAGUGGCAUUCUAUACAAUUGGUCUGGGGCACUUCACUUAGGUUUCUUAAUGAAAGUAAAUGUAGAAGCAUUUGAGCAGGAUGACAUUUUACCGACUGCUAGCAUUUUAUUCAAGUUGAGGAUCAUUGACUGGAUAUGAAAACAGUAAACAUAUGAAGAAAGCCAUAUACUGUACUUGUACAUGUUUAUCUAGUUUCAACAUAUAUUAUGACAUCCUUAUUCCUGGUCAACAUUAUUGCUCAUAUCUGCUUUGUUUUUUUAAAUAUUUGUGGGAAUUUGGGUGCUUUUUCAGGUGCAGGGAACAUUCUGUUUUUUGCGCCCAGUGUCAGCAUUGAACACUCCUAGGCUAAGAAGAGCAAAGCCACAUGCACAGAACACAAGGACAUAAGAAUUUGCUUGUCGAAAGAAGACUAAGGUCCACCAUACUGGCAGUCGUGUGCACUAGUCAUGUCCCAAACUAUAUAUUGUAUCCCGUGCUAUUAUUUUCGAACAGAAUAACAGUGCAGCAACUCUACUCAGCUUCCAAUAAGGUUCAAUAUGCCUUAACCCCAACUGCACCAGUAUAACAUUUUUCAAUGUUUAGACUACCUGUCCCUGACCUCUCAGCAUGAGACUGCCAAACCUCAGGGCAGUUUUGUAUCUACUUUGCAUUUUUAUACUUGUUUAUUCUAAUUUUGUAAACCCUUGAGGACUACAACAGACUUUCUGCACAAACUGCAGAUGAAUGCAGGGUCAGAAAUGCCAACUGCUACAAAUUUCUAAACGUAUUGUAUGAUAUUCAGCAUUGUGUGUUUACAGAAUUGUCACUCUUUUAGAGAUUAUGCAAUGCCAGUUAAGUGCUUUUGAAAAGCUUGAAAGGACAGAUAUUGCUCAAAAGGAGUUAAGACAUUUUAAUUUCGUCAACAGAUAACCCUAGCACAUCAUUCAUCCAAUAUGGGUCACCCACUUCUGAUGACGAGAUGUUAGAGAUAUUCUGAGAAGUAUAGCUCUUUUUUUCAGAUCCUAAUCAUUACCCAUUAAUUACAUAUUGCGCUGAUAAUUGACUGGGGUUUUACCCAGUUUGAAAGCGCUGCAAGAGAUUUUUCUUUGUUAGGGUGGAUUUCUCAGGAAAAGCAUAGAGACCAGUCCUUUUCUUUUCAUACAAAGAAUUUACUUCAGAAUCUUUUCCUGGACAUCCUCCAUGUCCCACUGGUGAGUGCAUUAAAAUCUUAGUCGGGAAAUUUGCAGCAUUUCAUCAAAUAUACUCUGUGAUAAUUAUCAUAUUUUUUCCUAUAAAACACACCAUAACUAGACUUCACAGUAAAGCCUCAUGAAGCGCUUUGAGAAUUUAGGGCAAUGUAAUAAUUUGCUAUAUCAAAUGGAAUAUUUUUUAAUAUAAUUCUCACAAGGAAUCCAUAAUGAAAUGUUUAAAAUUUCAUCCGAAUAUUUCACCUUUUUAUCUGCAAAUGGCUGGCUUGGUUUCACCCCCUACAUUGUAUCAGAUUUUGGAUUCCUGACCAAGAACAUCAGAACAUUAAAGAAACUAAUUUUUUAAAAAAAACAAUAAAAUAUUCGUACAUAUUUUAUCACAA